UAUGAAAAAUGUUGAGGCUUUAAUGAACUGAACUGUAAGGUGCAAAUUGGGCUACAGAAGAGGUGCCACCGCGGCUCAAUCAUGUUAUCCGUUAACUGCUCUCAACACCUCCAUUUCUCAGAUCCACCACGUCAAAGUCCCGUCAAUAACAAGAAAAUCUCAUUGGGAAAUCGUCAUGUUUCAGUAUCGACAAAGAAUUCCUCAAAUGGGUCUUCAAGAUACUUGAGAAAUGGAAAAAGGGUUUCCUGUAAAAACAGAUUUCGUGAAAAAUCCGUUGAUUCAGAAGCAGAUUUUGACCCAACUACCAGAAGCUCUCAGGAGAGUACUGAAGUCGACUCUGAUAAUGGUGGGAACCCAUCAACCAGCUUCUUGUCUCUUCUUUGUCCACUGCUCAGGCUCUUCGGUGGAGGAGAUCCCUCUCGGGAACGGAACAACUUUCUAGAGGUGGCAACAUCAUCCUUAUCGACCUUGGCAAGAUAUCCAUGGGGAUCAAGACCCCUUUCUAUCAGUUUAAACAGCCAACAGAUAACUACAGAAGAUUCUCCGAUGCCUUUGCAACUCUUUGAGUUUGAGGCAUGCCCUUUUUGCAGGAGAGUUCGAGAGGCAUUGACAGAGCUGGAUCUCUCUGUGGAGGUCUAUCCUUGCCCAAAAGGUUCUUUAAGACAUAGGGAAAUGGUUAAAACAUUUGGUGGCAAGGAGCAGUUCCCUUUCCUUGUUGACCCUAAUACUGGACUUUCAAUGUAUGAAAGUGGUGAUAUUGUGAACUACUUAUUCCAUCAGUAUGGUCGUGGAAGCGAUCCCUCUUUUGGGCUCUUAGAAAGCACAAUGUUAACAGGAUGGAUUCCCACCAUUCUUCGAGCAGGAAGAGGGAUGAUGCUCUGGGAAAAAGCCAGAAAAGAGCCUCCACCCAAAAAGUUGGAACUAUUCUCCUAUGAAAACAAUCCAUAUGCACGAAUUGUACGUGAAGCGCUUUGUGAGUUGGAACUUCCUUACAUCCUCCAAAAUGUAGGAGAAGGAUCAUUAAAGUCUGAAUUACUUUUCAAGACAUCUGGUUCAAAAGAGGUGCCUUACCUUAUUGAUCCCAACACUGGUGUUCAAAUUGGAGACUACGAGAAGAUCGUACCAUAUUUGUUUAAUACAUAUUCCUCUGCAUAAUAGAAGCCUCUACUUCCUCUAAGCAUAUCAGACAUGAUCUCCAUUGAUUCCAUUAACUAUGUCUUAAUCAUUUUGCAAUGGAGCUCAAUUAAUGUCGAUUACCUGCAGCCAGGAAUAAAAUUGAAAUAGGGUGACAAUCAUUUUUGCAAUGUAAUUAUAUUAGAAAAAUGAUUUGGGCACCAGCAGUGCAAGAAUGGUUUUUGGCAUUAUAGAAUAUUCCUACCAAAUGAUUUGUCAUACUGGCCAUUAAAUAGAUGGAGCUGAAUUAGUAUAUCGGGGAAGGACCAUCUAGAAGAGACAUAGAGGUGGUAUUGGCUUAUGAUAUAACAAAUGACUAGAGUCAAUUGACCAAAGGGUUAAUGACUAGAACAAUAUGUAACAGAUGUUAAAGUUACACAAUUUCAGCUGCAAAAUGUAUCAGAAUUUUUGUAUGGAAUUUGAUCUGCCUGAGGCUAUUGGGCCCAAGGAAAGAUUUAUGGCAACAGAUCUACGAUAUUAUACUAAUCUCAAAA